UGCGAACCUGCGCUGAAACCCUAAGCGCGCAGCCGGCCGUUCCCUGCUGAUCAUCGCCGCAGACAGAGGUCGGAAGAAGAGGAAGGAAAAGGCUCUCUCUCCCGCACGGCGGCGCGGUGUAGCCGGCGGCGAUGGCUUUCUGGCAGGCGCGCGACUUCCUGUUCUGCGGCGUGUGCGGCACCCUCCUCGACUUCAACUCCCACCGCUACGCCUCCUGCCCCCUCUGCGGCUUCAAGCGCAAGGCCAAAGAUAUCGAAGGGAAAGAAACUCGGUACGCGGUCACCGCAGAGGAUAUUAGAAGAGAGCUAAAGAUAAAAGCGUUUGUGGUUCUUGAAUCGGCGCCAAAUUUGGACAUAGUUGUGCAAAGAUCCCUGACAGAGCGAGCCUGUCCGGAAUGCAACCAUCCUGAACUCGAAUUUUACACGAAGCAGCUUCGGUCAGCGGAUGAGGGGCAGACUAUCUUCUACGAGUGCCCGGAGUGCGGCCACGCAUUCAAUGAGAACACGUAAGAAAGAAGAUUCCUACUAUCAGUGUAUGGAUAUGGCCAGAAGAAACUACUCCUGCCAUUGGUUGACAAUCGAUGUUCAACGAAAUUUCUCCUGCCGUUGGUUGACCAUUGAUGUUGCAUUGUUUUGGCGUGUAUUCUAAUCUUGAAUGUUACCUGGGAUAUGUUAAUACUCGCUUUCUAUCUAACGCUUUUUUAUGGUACCUGGCUGUCUGAUGUAUUUGACUGAAUGUGGCCAUAGAAAGAGCGGGAUGUCUUGUUUCUAA